AUGAAUGCCAUGUUUGUUUCAGGUAAACCUGAGUUCAAGUAUGUCGGCAACAUGCAUGGUAAUGAGGUGGUGGGGCGGGAGGUGCUUCUCAGGCUCAUUGACUUCUUAUGUGAAGGUUACAAACAGAACGAUCAGCUAAUCCACUUCCUGGUGAACAGCAUACACAUCCACAUCAUGCCAUCCAUGAACCCUGAUGGCUGGGAGCAGGCCUACAGGAACUACAAUUAUGCCAAGGAGAAGGGUGGUGAUCCUGACUGGCUUAUUGGUCGCGCCAACAACAACAGCGUGGAUCUGAACCGCAACUUCCCCGACCUGAACUCAAUUAUGUAUCAGCAUGAGGCAGAACACAAGGGCCGUAACAACCACCUGGAGAAGGUGGAAUUUGCAAUUAAGAACGUCACCAAUCUGCAGCCAGAGACACGUGCUGUGAUGAAAUGGCUAGCAAGGAUCCCGUUUGUCCUGUCGGCUAACCUCCACGGCGGGGACCUUGUUGCCAACUACCCAUACGACACUACCCGCAGUGGCAAACCGCAGGAGUACACCAAGGCGCCUGAUGAUGCAACCUUGAGGUAUCUGGCCAGGUCCUACGCCAAGGAACACACCAAGAUGGGUCAGCCCCAUAAAGCAUGCGACAUGACCGGUGAUGACAACUUUGGGGAGCAAGGUGGCAUCACUAAUGGGGGAGAGUGGUACUCAGUGCCUCGAGGUAUGCAGGACUACAACUACCUUGACACCAACUGCUUUGAGAUCACCCUUGAGCUGGGCUGCACCAAGUUCCCCUGGGACUGGGAUCUGGAAGACUACUGGAAAGAGAACAAAGAUGCCCUUAUCUUCUACAUCCUGCAGAGUCACAUUGGAGUGAAGGGUCUCGUGAAGACAACCGAUGGAGUUCCUGUAAAGGAUGCUGCCAUCAAGACGACCAACAUGACAUCCGGAGAGUAUAUUGCUCAUGAUAUUCUCACAGCUGCUGAUGGUGAUUACUAUCGCCUGUUGAUUGACGGGUACUACCGUAUCACAGUUGUUGCCCCUGGCUACCACAAUGCCACCCGAUGUGUUCGAGUGAACAACAACUUGGAGGCCCAGCGUGGAGCUCAGCGAGUCGAUUUUGAGCUGGUUUCUAGUGACAAGCCACAGCCUUCCCAGGAGGAGUGUGAAGAGGUCAGGAUAGAGACAGUUGAAAAGGAGUACCCGCAGGAGCUUUGGGAACAGCUGUACCGCCUGCAGCUCAUCAAGAGACAACUGACUCCACAGGAAUGGGAACGCCUUGUUCGUCGCUUGAUAGCCGACCUUCAGAAGUAGAGGUCAAGGUCACCUGUCCUUGUGACCCACAUGUUGGUGUAGCUGAUGUUACCUUAAAAAAUUAACAAAUUGUGAAAAGGAUAACAGAAAAUGGAAGUAAUUACUUCACAAAAGGAAAUUAGGUCACAAAACUUACUCUUUAAACUUGAAAAUUCAGGAAUUUGUAAUUUUAAUUCUUCCAACUGUUUGUAUUUCUAUUGCUAUUUAGACUCAGCUGGAAACAUCAGUGCAAGGACAUAUAAUACAUAGAGCAUGCUGAUGACAGCAGCAGCAGAGUAACUUGGAUAAGUUUGUCAGGUAUUUCACAGUGAAAACCGGGCCAAAAAAUGGGGGAUAAUCUGACAUUAUUCUCAUUUGGAGAGUCCAUUGAAAUGAAAGAUUUGGACUGCAUAACAUGGAAUCUGACCCUGAAAAUAUCCUGUGACAUAUCCAAGCUAGUCUUCAGCCACAUUAUAUGAAGAGUAUAUUUUUGUCCUCAUGUUGUGAUAUAUGUGAUGUACUGUGCAGCAUUUACCCUGCUACCCUGCUCACCUGUGGAUCAGGGGCCACCUCAGACUAUUUCACAUUGGGAACAAUUCAGUGUCUCCAUGACAAGUAUUAGCAUGGGCAAAUUCAAAAUUCAAAUUCACUUAGGAACUGAAAAUAAAUUUAUAUCAAAGUUAAUCGGUGCACAGAAUAAAAGUGAUAGUUUGAGAUGGUCCCCUUAGGAAUACUUGUGCAAUAUAUAUAUAAUCCCUUUAUCUUUGUUGACUGUAUUCUGAUUAGCUCAGAUUUUAACAUUAACCUCCACACAACAUUAUUCAUGCAUUUUAUCAUGUUUGAAGAAAUCCUCCAUCGUGUUAUUGCUCUACAAUAUUUUACAAUGUUUUACAAUGUUUUGUUGAAGAUCAGGAAGGUCACAUGGAGGUCCAGCUGUUGAUGAGCUCGAAUCUGUGACAAUUAAGAUGUCAAUCUUUUAUUUCUCAAUAGAGAAUAAUGUGAUAUUGAAAUAUGUAUAUUGCCGACUACUUAAGUGAUAGUUAAGUAGUUAAGUUACUGUUCAGUGAUGUUAAUUGUUUGUGUUAUCAGUAGCUUGUAUAUUGGCUCUCUAAGUCUCAUCACUGCUCACAGUGUCCAGAUGGUACACUUCAUUCUCUACACAUGGCAUUUCUAAUUGCAUUUAUUACCUCAUUUAUUUCAUCUAAUGUGUUUAGACAAUUAUUGUUGUCUAAAAGUACAUUUUACUGGAAUAUGAACCUUUGUUUUCCUGAUAAAUAACAAUGAGAAUCCAUUCACAAAGUCAUAUUAUAGUUAUGUAUGUAAUUAACAUUCCGUAUGAUAUGGUGAAUUCCAUGCAUGGUUUCAGUAAAGACACACCAGACAUCUUCAUGCCCACUGCUGGCAAACCUCAUUACCUUAUUUAUGACGAUGGCAGCUUGAGGACAGGAAAUAUAUUCCUUGACCUGUGUUGAGUUGUACGUCAGUGGACCAGUGGACCAAAGAAUCCCAUUUGAUUGUAACUGUGAAGCUAGCUUGAUUUCAUUGGGUCUGCGGAAUAUUGAAGUCCGACUGUCACAUCAGAUUUAAAGCAUGAGUUUAUGGCACUGUGUUUUCUGCAAUACCUCUUUAAUCCACCUCCUUGGAUGCACAUUUAGGAAGUACUUGAUGUCGUUGUGUGUUAUGUGAAUGUACCACCUGAGACCACUUCUAAGUAAACAUCAAUGUUGGUAUUUUAAGCAUUGAUUACUAAAUUACAAUUUUCUAAUGCGGUCACAUUAAUUCACUGUGUAAAGUUGGAGCAUACAUCAAAGUUAUUCAUCAAAUCUGCAAGUAUGAUAUUAUCUCAUGAAUCAAAACACAUAUAUUACUUAAAAUUCAUUCCAGAUUUGAUCUAUUUCAGCACUUUUUUCCAGUUAAGAGUGUGAUUGUAAUUCUGGAUGACCAGUAAUGCAAUAAGCUUUACAUCCAGUGAAUCUGUUAUAUAUGGUUUUGCUCAUAUAUAUGCACAAGGAAGAUGAAUUAUUUUUUUUGCCCCAGUAUUGAUCUACACAGAUACAAAGGAACACAAUUUUCAAGCCCAGACCUUGCAGCAUAAUACUGAUUUAUGACAUCAGGAAAUCCUGUCUUUUGACAACUGCACUCGGCACUAUAGAGAAGUAUAUUGUGGAAUAAAGUCUUGCAAAAUUGUU